AGGGGCGGCCCCGGUGCCGUGAGGCGGGGGUCAGAGGCCGGCUCCCGGCAUCCCGCAGGCGGGCGGCGCGGCGCGGAGCGGCGCUGCCGCCGCCUCCCCGUCAGCCGAGGCGCUGCCGAAGCGGAGCAGGCUGGGCCGGGCCAGGCCGGGCCGGGCCUGGCCGCAGCCGGCCCCCACCAUUCCCCCCCUUCCCUCCCGGUGCCGUCGCCCCCCGGCUGCAACCAUGCAGGAGCUCAUCGCCAGCGUGGAUCACAUCAAGUUCGACCUGGAGCUGGCCGUGGAGCAGCAGCUGGGGGCGCAGCCGCUGCCUUUUCCCGGCAUGGACAAAUCAGGUGCAGCUGUCUGUGAAUUUUUUUUAAAAGCGGCCUGUGGAAAAGGAGGCAUGUGCCCAUUCAGACACAUCAGCGGGGAAAAGACAGUUGUUUGCAAACACUGGCUACGAGGACUGUGCAAAAAGGGAGACCAGUGCGAGUUUCUGCAUGAGUACGACAUGACCAAGAUGCCUGAGUGUUACUUCUACUCCAAAUUUGGGGAAUGCAGUAACAAGGAAUGCCCAUUCUUGCACAUCGACCCGGAAUCUAAGAUCAAAGACUGUCCCUGGUAUGACAGAGGCUUCUGUAAACAUGGUCCCCUCUGCAGACACCGACACACUCGAAGAGUCAUUUGUGUGAAUUACCUAGUCGGAUUCUGUCCAGAGGGACCUACCUGUAAAUUCAUGCACCCUCGGUUUGAACUGCCUAUGGGAACCACAGAGCAACCACCACUGCCUCAGCCGACACAAACACAGCAAAAGAGGACGCCCCAAGUCAUCGGAGUUAUGCAGUCUCAAAAUAACAACACUGGGAACAGAGGACCCCGGCCGUUGGAGCAAGUAACCUGUUACAAGUGUGGUGAAAAAGGUCAUUAUGCCAACAGAUGCACCAAAGGACAUCUGGCCUUUCUCAGUGGACAGUGAAAGAGCAGAAAGAAGAGCGCAAGGGAGCUAUUAACACUGAGAAGAGGUUUCUGCCUAGCACUGUUUCUUGAACUAUUAAUCAGGUUGUUUUUUUUUAAUGCCAUUACUGAAAGAACUGGUCAGAGGCUGGUUGCUGCUAAGCAAGAUUUUUGUAAUUGUCCACAACUUUUUUUUAUGUUUUAACCUUUUUAAAAUAGAUUUUGGCCUCCGUCUACUUUCAUUGAGCCCUGCUGAAAGGUAGAUAUAAAAGCAAAAAGAUAUGCAAACCCCUCACCGGUGCAGCGUUCAACAUAAACUCAUCUUACUCCAGUGUUUCUUUAAAGUGUUUUCCUUCUGCCACUUCUCUUUGGAGAACCUGCAGCGUUUCAGCCCUCCCUGUGGAAGCAGGAAGACUGACUGGGAAAAUUAAUACUUGAAAUGCCUUCCCUUCAGUGAGGAAGCAGGAAUGCUGCUGUCCUGUAGCUCUAAAAAAGCAAAGUCGUGUUCCUAGAUCCAGAUGAACCUGUCCUGGUGGCUGACUUACGGCCUCACAUACACCAGGCUGCAAAACUCUCGUCCACUUACUUUGUUUCUAUGUUUCUUGCUAUACUGAAGGUUAGAAAUUAAUCUUCUGGGUGAAAACAAAUUGGGGGAUAAUAAAUUGGCAUCUCUGUGGUUAGCCAAACAAUGAGGAGCAAUGAUUUUAGGAAAUUCACAUCUGUGCUCAUUUUCCAUUUGCAAAGCAGGUAGGAAAUGACCACAGCUUGAAGUGUAGGAAUAGGAGAGCCUUUUCUCAGCACCCGUCAUUCAGCUCACACUGAGCAGGUAUUUCCAUAGCCUAGAGAAGACCCGAGAAGUGGAGCUUUAUAUUCUUGUGGAACAUUGCAUUUAAAAGUGGUAGAACCUUCUGAGAAACUCCAAGCCAAAACCCAUUCCUUUUGUGAAAAGGUAUUUCAAAAGGGCCAAUGAUAAAAUGUGAAUU